AUGGCCUUCCGACUUCCCACCCAGGCCCCUCGCAGACGGACGUCUUACUCCGCUCCAGCCCCUCCACCUCUCGAUAUACCUCCUACCUCGUCUGAGCAACCAGAAGACGAAACGACACAAUGGGUGCUCUUCUCUCCCACCGCCCAUACUAAUACGACCUCCACCGACCGAACUCAUACUGCUGGUGCAUCUCGACUCAGUGACUUUGGCUCCUUUGGUACCGCAACUCGAUCUCAGGCUGGCCCUGAAGAAGGAGAGGUUGACGACGAUAAUGCCCUUGACGAGCAACUGGACGAGGAGGGCACUGAGCUGGACAGCUUAGACGACGGGCUGCAUGAAUUCCGGGCGCCUUCGCUUCCUCCCGCUUCCCCCGCACGAGUGGAUCAAGCACCACUUGCAUUCCUUCCCGCGCAUGAUGGUCUGGGCAGCUUCCCGGCUUCUAGCCAACUGGUGCAGGAACAGCUGUGGCAACACGAGCAGUUUAAUCCGCAACAGCCGUCAAAUGUCUAUCCUCAACAUCGCCGUCGGUCGAGUGUCCAACGGUAUCUGGAUACCGUGGACGAGGUAGAAGCAGACGUGGAGAGGGAUCGCUGGCAGCGUAUUGAACAGUGGCGCAUGGAUCAAAGUCGUGCGUUGCUGCAAGAACUUGAAAAAGAAACUCGCCGUCGGCGGACUAGUCGAGCCAGUCGGUCGAGCCUCCCAGGUGCUAUGGAAUAUGUGUCACCUGCUCGGAUAACUGGCGAAGCGUCAGAUGCAGUUCCUCCGCCAGGGGUUGAUGCGGCGACCGAUGAGUCCUUCUGGCGCCGAAUCACUCGAAAGGUGAUACGUGACUUGAUUGGGAUCGACGACGCUCUGCUUAGUGUCAUAUUUGGGGAGUCUCUCCCUGGGGAGGAGGAAGGCAAAGAGAAUAAGGACGAAUACCCUGAUAUGGAGACAGUUCUGGCUCGGCAAACAGAUUUAGAGCAGGGAGAUCAGCCCAUGUGGCAAUCUCGUGUCAUUCAGCGCAUCGCUCAUGAACUGGGACAGCUGGUCAAUCAGCUGUGUGAACAUCCCGGUGCAUUCAGCACCUAUUAUCAAAUGACCAAGGACAUCUCCAACGAGUACGCGGGGAUGUCUCUCAGCCGACUAGCAGAAUCAGGGACCUUGUCGAAGUCUGUUGAGCCAAACGAGCGAGAAGCCGUAAAUAUGGACACUAUGGGUUCCGUCCCGUCCCCGCAAUUCCUUCCAACCCUCCAAGACCCUGCUCGCGAGCACGAAGCCCAGUGGGGUAUUGAGGAUGAUGAACCCGGCAUCGUCGAUGAAUCCGCCCGUCUUCAGCAAGAACAGGAAUACUGGGAACGUGGUCUUGACGUCAUGAUGGUUUUUAAGUACCUGCGUUCGCGCUUCAGUCGACGAGGAUACAUGUCCUCCGAUAAACAUACCUCCGCUCCUCCCCCUCGGCAUCCUCAAGAUGCUUCCCGCCGCGCCGCCAUGAUCCGCCAGCAUCAUCCUCUUGUCGCUCGUGCCCAUUCUCGGCCCCAAGCGCCGACGCGUCGAGCUUCACAGUACUCUGGCGUCUCAGCUCCGGUAAACCUUUCAUCGCCUUUACUACGCCAGCAUCUUCGCCGUCCUAGCUCCAGUUGUGCUAGCCAGAGCGCUAAGCUCUCGGCCAUCUCCAGUCGCCGGACUAUGACAGGAUCUAGUCGGAACUACUGGGACAUUGGUGGCAGCGAGACGAACAGUGCGAUUGGUGUUGGGGCCGGACCCGGUGCUUGGGGCGAGGUAUAA